AUGUUUACGCUAGUGGUUGAAGCGCUCUUGCUAUGCCACGCGUACACCAUAACAGCUACAGUCGUGCAACAGCUGGCAGCCCUGUGGCCCCAGUCGAGCGAAGUCCCAGCUGCAGAUGGGAACAGCGAGAUCGACCCAAAGGCCCCGCCUGGUGAUCGAACAGGCCCUGAGAAAGAAGUUGACAAGAAGAGCCCUGAUAAAGACGUUGACAAGAAGAGCCCCGAUAAAGAAAAGGAUAUUGAUAAAAAGAGCCCUGAUAAAGAGAAAGACGUUGACAAGGCGACCCCUAAUAAAGAUAUUGACAAGAAGAGUCCUGAUAAAGAAAAGGAUAUUGAUCAAAAUACACAGAAACCAAAGGCUACCUUCAAUGACAAUAAGGUGAUUCUUCUGGAUGACAACCUAAAGGAUCCAGUCUCUGAUAAGAAGCUGAAAAUGAGAAAGAAAAUAAAGGCUAAGGCAGCUAAGGAAGCAGCACGUGCAAUUAGACAGGCAAGGGAGAGAGCAAAUAAGGACAAUAAAACAGCAGCGAUGUUCAUGUGCUCCUGGGAUGGCCAAAAUAUGAAGAUUGAGGCUUCACCAUACGUCUUCUGGAAUGGAAAUGCGCCUAUUACAAAGGCAGCACCUGAUUUGAGCAAAGAGGAAAUAGAGCGUAUCAGCGAAGAUACAAGCGAAGCACUAAAGAAGUUGAUAUCACUGUCAGGUGAAAAGGAUGAGGUGGUUGAUGUAAAGGUAAAGAGUGAGGUGGUUGAUGUAAGUGUCAAAAAUGAAGUAGUUGAUGUAAAAACAAAGAAUGAAGUAGUUGAUGUAAAGGUAAAGAAUGAGGAGGGUUCAUCGAUGCAAAGGCUGUCGGAUCCAAAGCCAUCAGAGCAUCCUCUUCCAAUCCAUCACCGUCCCAUUCAACAUUCAUCUACCAAGGGGUGUAAAAGAACACCAUCAGAGAUCUUUGUUGAGAGAAAGGCAUUGUUGGCCAGCUAUGAAUCUCUUCAGAAGAAAACCCCAGAAUCAACUCAGAUUUCUAAGGAGAAGCCAGCACAGAUAGUAGUUGUACAAGGCCCAGCCCAGCCUACCGUACAGAAAUCAAUCCGUGCCUGCAUCCUGAAAUCAAAUUCGAUGUCUCCACAGGAAGUUGCUCGACUAUCUCCAUCUAAGGAGGCUGAUAAGGAAUCUGAUAAGGUGAUUGACAAGGUGUCUGUUCAGGACUCUGCUGAGACAUCACAGCAAUCAACAGUGUCAUCUAAGUCAUAUGAUGAGCCAGGAAUGUUCACAAGUAUGUGGUAUAAGAUUAUAGGAUUGUGCUGUUGCAUAAGCACAGUAGAAGACGAGAUCACGUACACAACGGAUGAAUAA